AAAAAGUAAAUAAAGAAAAAAGAUAUUAACCUUUCAAUAAUUAUUUGUUUGAUAACAGCCGAUUUGUUGUUUGAUAACAGCCUAUGUUUACUGUUCAAACACUAUUUCAAGUUCAUAUUGGUAUGUGUCAUAUUGGUAUGAGUCAUAUUGAUACUUGAAAUAUUUGAAUGGAAGAAAUUAAGGAGCAAGACGUUGAUAGUAUACUGAUUUCGAUUGGAGAAUUCGGCAGAUGUCAAAAAUUGUUAUUAGUUGUUAUAAGUUUUCUAAUGAUACCAACAGCAUCACAAGUACUUAUCAUGACUUUUCUAGAAAUAAACCCAUCUUGGAGAUGUAGUGGUAAUGGAAGCUUUGAAUGCAAUAGAACAGGAGAGUUUUCAAUAUCACAUGAGUUUUAUCAUAAUAGGUGCAAAAUGAAAAGAAAUUCUUGGAGUUUUGUAAAAGAAAAGGGAUUUUCGAUUAUAACUGAGUGGGAUUUAGUGUGUGGAAAGGCUUCACUAGCAUACAUAAUCUUUAGCAUUAUGCAAGUUGGAGAUGCCUUAGGCGGAGUUCUUGUAGGAAUGCUAUCAGACAAGUAUGGUAGAAAAAAAGUACUCUAUGUGUCAUGGUUUGGAUUCAUAGUUAUUGCUACCAUUUCAUCAUUGGUUCAUAAUUUUUGGGUUUUUCUUCAUUUACAAUUCCUAGUUGGUAUACUUCAUGGAGGAUCCUUUAAUGUCCAAUGGGUUUUAAUGUCAGAGAUGUUAGGACCAAACAGUAGAAGUUACUUGAACAUUCUUUGGUGUGUUUAUUCUUUUGCUUUAAGUUUUAUGUCACUUCAAUCAUGGUUAAUACCAAAAUGGAGAGCUUUUGAAUUGACAAUGACGACACCUUAUUUGAUAUUGCUGGUUACAUACAAAUUUGUUCCUGAAUCUGUACGUUGGCUUCAUGCAAACAAUAAAAGAGAUUUGGCUGAAAAAGUUCUUCGAAAUAUCGCAAAGUGCAACAAGAAAAUGUUUCCAAAGGUGAAGUUGUGUAAUGCAAACAACAUUUCGAGUGCUGUUGACUUAACCAAAACAUCUAUUAAAUAUGUGUUUUUUCCUUUCAAAAUGUUUCUAAUCACCUUUUCUCAAAUGUCUAUUUAUUUUAGUGCUAGCCUUGCAUUUUAUGGCAUAUCUCUUUUUGCUGAAAACCUAAGUGGAAAUCUUCAUAGAGAUUUUGCUAUAGUGAGUCUUGUUGAUAUUCCUUCAAAUUUAAUAUCCAUCUGGCUAUGUAAUAGAUUUGGUAAAAAACGAACAACUAUGGUCUCAGCUGUUGCAGGUGGCUUUAACAUUGUUAUAUUAGCUUUUGUUCCUUUUACUGCAAGUUUAUCAUGGAUAAGAGUUUUAAUUGGUACCUCAGGAAAGUUUUUUGCAAAUAUCUCCUUCAAUGUUAUAUAUAUUUGGUCGACAGAAAUAUAUCCUACAGGUGUAAGAUCUCAGGGUUUAGGUGUUUGUAUUUCAGCUGCUGUAAUAGGCACAUCAGUAUCACCUUGGAUUACUCAAUACUUAGUACAAUUUCAUCAAACACUGCCAUUCGUUAUAAUAGGAAGCUUACUUAUUUUAUCUGGAAACUUAAGUUGCUUUUUACCUGAAGUAAAUAAGGAAAAUCUUUCUGAUACAAACGAGGAGAACCAGUCAGAAAAACAAAGUCUUCUUUAAAGGUUUUUGCACAAUCAAGUAUUGAAGAUCAGAUGUUUUUCAAUCAAUAAUGAAAAAAAGAAAUUUUACCAAGUGUUCGAAA